CCACACGCGCCGCGCCGCGCCGCGCCGCGCCUCCUGUCAGAGGCAGCCAUUGUUCAGCCGGUCGCGCCCGCCUUGCUGGGCUGAUUUGAUCCUUAUCCCUUCCUCAAGUCCCCGUUCCUUCUUAAGGCUGGGGGAGGCGGGCUAGUCCCUGUCUCUCCCAGGCUCUCCCAGGCUCUGGACACCCUGGAGCCCUCGGGUGCAGGCCACCAUGAGUAAACGGAAGGCGCCGCAGGAGACUCUCAACGGGGGAAUCACAGACAUGCUCAUGGAACUCGCAAACUUUGAGAAGAACGUGAGCCAGGCUAUCCACAAGUACAAUGCUUACAGAAAAGCAGCAUCUGUUAUAGCAAAGUACCCACACAAAAUAAAGAGUGGAGCAGAAGCUAAGAAAUUGCCUGGAGUAGGAACAAAAAUUGCGGAAAAAAUCGAUGAGUAUUUAGCAACUGGAAAAUUGCGUAAACUGGAAAAGAUUCGGCAGGAUGAUACAAGUUCAUCCAUCAAUUUCCUAACUCGAGUUAGUGGCAUUGGUCCAUCUGCUGCAAGGAAGUUUGUAGAUGAAGGAAUUAAAACAUUAGAAGAUCUCAGAAAAAAUGAAGAUAAAUUGAAUCAUCAUCAACGAAUUGGGCUGAAAUAUUUUGAGGACUUUGAAAAAAGAAUCCCUCGUGAAGAGAUGUUACAAAUGCAAGAUAUUGUACUAAAUGAAGUUAAAAAAGUGGAUUCUGAAUACAUUGCUACAGUCUGUGGCAGUUUCAGAAGAGGUGCAGAAUCUAGUGGUGACAUGGAUGUUCUUCUGACCCAUCCAAACUUUACCUCGGAAUCAACCAAACAGUUAAGUUUAAAAAUAUCUUUAAAAAAUUCUUUAAAAUAUCCUUUUCAGGGUGUUUGCCAGCUUCCCAGUAAAAAUGAUGAAAAGGAAUACCCUCACAGAAGAAUUGAUAUCAGGUUGAUACCCAAAGAUCAAUAUUAUUGUGGGGUUCUUUAUUUCACUGGGAGUGACAUUUUCAAUAAAAAUAUGAGAGCUCAUGCCUUAGAAAAGGGUUUCACAAUCAAUGAAUACACCAUCCGCCCCUUGGGAGUCACUGGAGUAGCUGGAGAACCCCUGCCAGUAGACAGUGAGAGGGACAUCUUUGAUUACAUUCAGUGGAAAUACCGAGAACCCAAGGAUCGAAGUGAAUGAGGCCUAUUCUUCCUUCCAGACAUAGCCCAAUAGGAGUCUUAAUUUAUUUCUUAACCUUUGCUAUGUAAGGGUCUUUGGUGUUUUUAAGUGAUUAUUUCUUCCCCAUGCUUAGCUUGCAUUAGAAUCAAUAAAACCUCUUGUUACUAUGGA